AUCUAUAUAUCUACUUCUCAGAAAGACACAGUGGUGCCGGGCUUGAAGGCCUAAACCUGUCCAAAUUCGAGCAGUCGAUGGCACGGACGACAAAAAUCAUUCAAGAUUUCCGGGUUUUUGUCGGGACCUGGAAUGUGGGAGGAAGAACUCCUCCCGACGGACUCAACCUCCAUGAUUUCUUGCAAGUCGAGGGCUCUUCUGAUAUUUAUGUUCUAGGGUUUCAGGAAAUAGUUCCGUUGAGCGCAGGGAAUGUUCUUGUGAUAGAAGACAACGAGCCGGCGGUGAAAUGGCUGGAGCUCAUAAACGAAGCACUGAACAGAGCGCAGAGCCGGCGAAACUCGUCUUUCUCUUCUUCAGAGUCUCUCAGGGGUUCAAAGGACUCGAGAUCCCACUUCUUCCACAAGCCGUCCCUCAAAGUCCUCAGCCGGAAUCUCAGGGGAGACAACGCCCUCCUCAAGGCCUGCAACUGCCAUUUGGACUCCCAGCCGGCCGGCAAGAGGAGGCCGAGGCGGCACAGCGAAACUGCCGACGAGUUCCUGUCGAUGGAUGAACUGUCGAGUUUUCCCAAUGCCAUGAGAUUCUGCCUCGUGGCGUGCAAGCAAAUGGUUGGCAUCUUCCUCUCGGUCUGGGCUCGGAGAGAUUUGGUCCAGCACAUAGGCCAUCUCCGAAUCUCCUGCGUUGGAAGAGGAAUCAUGGGUUGUCUCGGGAACAAGGGUUGUAUAUCGAUAAGCUUGUCAUUGCACCAAACAAGCUUUUGCUUCGUGUGCAGCCACUUGGCUUCCGGGGAGAAGGAGGGGGAUGAGCUGAAGAGGAACGCCGAUGUGGCUGAGAUUAUGAAGAGCACGCAGUUCCCCAAGACGUGCAAAAAUCCUUACCGGAAAGCUCCGGAGAGAAUCACCGAUCAUGAUCGAGUAUUUUGGUUUGGGGACUUAAACUAUCGGGUUUCGUUGAGCUACGAGGAAACGAGGUUGCUGUUGGAGGACAACGACUGGGACUCUCUUCUCGAGAAAGACCAGUUAAACGUGGAAAGAGAAGCCGGAAGAGUAUUUUGUGGGUUCGACGAGGGAAGAAUCUUCUUUGCCCCAACUUACAAGUACUCCCACAAUUCAGAUUCAUAUGCUGGAGAGACUGUCAAAUCCAAGAAAAAGCGACGAACCCCGGCAUGGUGCGACAGGAUAUUGUGGCAUGGGAAAGGCAUCGAACAAUUGUCAUAUGUGCGUAGCGAAUCAAGACUUUCCGACCACCGGCCAGUGUGCGCAAUGUUUGCGGCGGAGGUGGAGGUCAGGAGCAAAAGCAUCACCAGGUUUCGGAAAGGUUACUCCUGCACCACCCGACUCGAUUGCUAGCGUUGCAUUUCGCAAACUCAAACAGACAGCUUUUACGAGUGUUGAUCCAUUUCAAGAAGCCCCGGCCGGCCCCUUCCCCGCAUGAAGCAAGCAAGGGAAGAAAUUAUUUGACGCCAAGUUUCAACCAAACAACAAUGCGUGGGUCCAUUAACAAUUAUUCGGGUGGUUUAUAAACUCUUCUCUGAUUUUACCAGUAGAUAGUCUCGGGAGUAUGCCUCUUUUUAACAAAAAAAAGAUGAUG